AUGAAAGGCAGCCGACAAGGAAGCAUUCCGGUUACAUCGGUCUCAGAACCGUCCUCCCCAUUUCCUCCCCCAGGCGAUCAUGACCACCUCACCGAGAGGAAGACCUGGAGUGGCAGAGUCAAGGGGAUCGUCUGGGACACGUUGGAACGGAGCCCCGAGGAACGUAGGUUCAUCGCCAAGAUAGACUUCUUCAUCUUAACUUGGGCUGGCUUCACGUACUUUAGCAAGAAUCUCAACACGAACAACGUCUCCAACGCCUAUGUAUCCGGGAUGAAAGAGGAGCUGAAUGUGGUCGGCAACCAAUACCAGACCUUCACGACCAUGUGGACAAUCGGCUAUGUGAUAUCGCAGGUUCCAUCUCAGAUCAUCUGCACCAAAGUUCGGCUGUCCUUGUGGUGUCCUAGCUGGGAAUUAUUCUGGGUCAUCAUCACCUUCGUCACUGCUGCCGUCCGGACCCCUCAUCAGUUGUACGCUCUUCGCUUCCUGGUUGGACUGGCAGAGGGCACGUUUUAUCCUGCAGUCCACACAGUUCUGGGCGGAUGGUAUACCAAAGAAGAACUCGCGAAAAGGGCUUGCAUAUUCUUUGCUUCCGCCUUUGUGGGAUCCAUGUUCAGCGGCUACCUGCAAGCCGCUCUUUAUACCGGAAUGAACGGGGUAUGUGGCCUUUCGGGGUGGCGCUGGCUCUUUAUAUUUGACGGUGUCAUUACUUUCCCCAUGGCCAUCUGGGGCUAUUAUGCGCUUCCGGACCUUCCCAGUAACACUCGUGUUCGUUGGCUGAAACCCGAGGAGAGAGAAUUCGCGCUCGCCCGCAUGAAGCAUGCUGGCAAGCAACUCGAGAAACCCUUCACCUGGCGGGGUCUCAGGCGUAUUCUGGGGCGGUGGCACUUCUGGGUCUAUACGACUUACUAUACGUUCUUCAUAUGCAGCGAGAACAUUGGCAGCUAUAUGAAUCUCUGGCUCAAGAGCCUCAACCGAUAUACUGUUGCUGAGGUCAAUACGUAUCCGACGGUCAUCAACGCCAUCACAAUAGUAACCACGCUGUCCUAUGGCUGGACCAGCGACUACCUGCAGGUCCGGGCACCGAUCGUCUAUUUCUCUCUGGUCGUGUGUUUCUUUGCAGCCAUGAACCUUGCGGUAUGGGACGGCGUCCCGUUCGGCCUGAAGUGGGCGUCGUACUAUCUCACUGGGUUCGUGAUCCGAUCGCCCCCCGCUUCGCGCAAGGCUCAGGUCCUGUCUUCCUGGUACGCCUUCAAUGCCUGGAUACCGCUCCUGACGUACAACACGACCUACGCGCCACGAUUCUUGGUCGGGAAUUGGACUACCGUCGUUUUCAUUGUCUGUGCGGCAUUGACAUUGACGCUUGCUGUCCUGCUGCAGAAGACGGGAGACAAGCACGGUCCUGCAUCCCUCGUGAAGAACACCGACGACGAACUGGUCGAGAGACAGCCGACUAGCGAAGCAACAAGACAAGACGGUUUGACGGGUCAUGAGGUCAAGUGA